GAAACGCUCCCUCUCCUCCCACCUCACCUCGACCCAGCCAGCUCCCACCUGCUGUGCACGGCGCGUCAGGCUACGAUGCUCGGUCGCUCCCAGAGCACGCGGUUCGACCACAACCAGGAGAACCCGCACGCGCACCUUCAUCACAAGACGCCGGCUCGCGCGGGCAAGGCCGGUCCCUCGGCGGGCCCAGCUCCGGUGACGGGCGGCAAGGGCGCGUUGCAGCAGCAGACGGCCAAGUCGGGCAGGGUACUCGGCGCAAAGGACCGCAACGGGGGCAAGAACGGGCAGCCAGACCCCUCGACCCUCCUCUUCUCCGCCAAGCCUGGCGCGUCAACCUCGCAAGCCCAGGCGGGCCCGUCAUGCGCGCCUCGCCCCGUCCAGCAGCAGUUCAAGACGCCUCUGCCCAACAAGACGUUCCGCCCGGCGCAAGAGCUGCGCACGCCUGCGACGGCCCUGCGCCCGAGGCACGCGCCGUCGCUCAUGCUCGGCUCGCCCGACGUGUCGAUGGACCUCGACGUCGAGGAGGAGGAGCAGGAGCAGCAGGAGGAAGAGGACAGGGAGGUCGAGUACGCCGGACCGAGUGCGCGCGACUACGACGAGCCCUACCUCCCCGACUUCCCUGUUCCCGACUUCAAGACGGCGGGCUACGGUGCGGCGGUCCGGUCGAUGCCGCUCGCGGGUGUCGAGGACGCGGCGGAUUGGGCCGAGCAAGACGCGCUCGAGCGGAGCUCCUUCAAGGCCGAGCUCGACGAGGGAGUGACUGAGCACUCUGCCCUCUCAGCACCAGCAGCGCCGCAGCCGCUCUUCCCUGCGCCAAAGCGCCGCGCUCCUCUCGGCGCCAAGCCCGCCAACACGUCGUACCUGAGCUCGAGUGUCAGUGGGCGGGCGCACGGCACCACGUCGCUCGCCGGCUCAAGCGCGGCCAGCUCGGCUCGCAAAGCUCCGGCCGGCUCCGCCUUGGCUCCCCGCCGCCCUGUCGCCGCCUCGACGGCCGCGAGCGCGCCCGGCUCGACUCGUACGUCGGGACCUGCGUCGUCCAAAGCGCCGCUGCGCGGCGGGAUGCAGCCGCCGUCGAAGCUCGGCCCCAUGUCGACCAAGCCCGGCUCCUCGACCGCGACCAAGGCGACCUCGGCCUCCUCCCUCGGCGCGAGCCGGCCCCUCCUCGCCCGUGCCACCUCGACCGCGUCCUCCCUCCUCGGCUCGAGCGCCGCCCGCCCUCGCCCGCCGCCACUCGCGCUCCCCCUCUCUCGCCCCGCCUCGUCCUCGUCCCUGCGCUCGGCCAACUCGACCUCGGCCGCCCCGCUCUCGCCUGCGCAAGUCGCCGCACGGCGCAAGGCCGAUGAGCAGGCCGCUGAGCGCGAGCUCGGCGUGUUCGGCCUCGUCGAGGACGACGGCGUCGACCUCGCUGCCCUCGAGGCCUUCCAGUUCGGCGACGAGGACAGCUUCAAGCUCGACCUCGACAUCGAGCUGUGAGCCCGACACGGUGGUGGCGAUGCGGCUGGUCCGUGCCUUCUUUACCGAUUUGUAGAUGUGCCCUCUCCCCCUCGCGCUCGAACCUCUCUCUCUCUUUCUCUAUCUCUCUCUCUCUCUCGUCCGUUUUGCCUCCCACCUCUCCCUCCUUCCUUCGUGUUGUCUAUCUUUCCAACGACUCUCG